UGUGAAGCAAGCGCUUACGACGUUCCACUACUUGACGCAACAAAUUGUCACAAAGUGGGGACUAUCAAAUUUACUGUGUUUGGACCAAGUUCCAGGGGCAAGACAUGUCCAGCAAUGAGAAAAAUGCAUUUGCGGCCGAGAACUGCACGUCGAUGAGCCUGCAGGCCUGUCUGGAGGAGUGCAUGGAGGCAAUGGACCUCUUCCUCAACAAUGAAUUCACAGAAAGCCUGGACAAGCUGAGGCCACGUGUGGAUGACAGCAUGUACCAUGCACUGAUCUACGCCACCGUGCUGGAGAUGCAGGCUAUGAUGACCUUCCAGCAUGAUGACAUUGUUCAUGCGGGGAACACCAUGAAGAGGGCUCAGGAGGUCUGCCAGAGGUUCCGCAGGAAGUCCUCCAACUUGGCCAGCAAAUCAUCUGCAGAUGUGUUUGCUGAGGAGCAGCUUCACGCUGAAGCAUGUUACGCUGAAUGCCUGCUCCACAGGGCUGCUCUCACUGUCUUACAGGAUGAGAACAUGGUCAAUUUCAUCAAAGGAGGAAUCAAAGUGCGCAACAGCUACCUGAUCUACAAGGAGCUCCAUGCUUUCAUUCAGUCCCACAGCUCACAUAAAGGACUGAACCACUCUCACUUGGAAGGAGGAGUGUCCUUUGGGAUUGGAGCUUUCAACUUGACUCUCUCUCUGUUUCCCCCUCGGAUUCUCAAGCUUCUAGAGUUUGCCGGUUUCUCUGGAGAUAAGGAGUACGGUCUGUCCCAGCUGCAUGAUGGUGCCACAUCACUAAAUAUGCGCUCCAUGCUGUGCGCCCUGCUGCUGCUGUGCUACUACACCUUCCUGUCCUUCAUCCUGGGGAUGGGCGAGGGGGAUGUGGCUGACGCCGAGAAGCUGUUGGAGCCAUUCCGGGUCCGAUAUCCACACGGUGCUAUAUUCCUGUUUUUUGCAGGGAGAGCAGAGGAAAUCAAAGGGAACAUUGAUGAGGCAGUGGAACUGUUUGAAGAAGGCUGCCGGGCUCAGCAGGCGUGGAAGCAAUUCCACCACAUGUGCUACUGGGAGCUGAUGUGGUGCUUCACAUACAAGCGUGUCUGGAAGAUGGCCUACUUCUACGCAGACCUGCUCAGCCAGGAGAGCCGCUGGUCCAAGGCUAUGUAUAUGUACAUGAAAGCUGCAUACCUGAGCAUGCUGCCCCAAGGUGAAGCCAGGCCGUUCGGGGACAACGAGGUAGAGCUCUUCAGACAGGUGCCUUCCUUUAAGCAGAAAAUUGCUGGGAAAUCUCCACCAACAGAGAAGUUUGCGAUCCGUAAAGCCAGGCGUUAUAAAGCCAGCUGUCCUGUUCAACUGCCAGUGCCUGUUCUGGAAAUGAUGUACAUGUGGAAUGGCUUUACCAUGAUUCGCAAGCGGCCAGACCUGACCAAGGGUAUGAUGGAGACACUGGUAGAGGCAGAGCACACCCUGCAUGACAGUCCUGUGAAUGAGUACACAGUGGAUGACCGCUGUGUAAUUCAGCUGUUGAAGGGACUGUGCCUGAAAAACCAGGGCCAGACUGAGGGGGCGGAACAAUGCUUCAACAAGGUGUACAGCAGUGAGAAGCACAUUAAGUUCGACCACUACCUGGUUCCCAACGCCCUGCUGGAGCUCAGCCUCCUGUACAUUGACCUGGGGCGCAAAGAGGAGGCUGUCAAGCUUCUACAGAAAGCCAAAAAUGGCUACAAGGAAUACUCAAUGGAGUCCCGCACCCAGUUCAGGAUCCAUGCUGCCCUGUCCAAACUGCAGGCUGACACAAGUGAUCCGAACGAAAACACGGAUUUGUGAUCCAGGCAUCCCCCCCCAU